AUGGGCGCCAUCUUCUCAAAGAAAUCUCGAGCACCGACGCCGAUCAAAAACUGUGAAAUCACCGAACAGGAUCAGGCAAUAAUUCGACUGAAGACUCAGCGAGAUCGAAUCAAGCAGUACAUGAAGGGGAAACAAAAAUACAUGGAUAAAGAACGCGAAAUGGCCAAACAACUUAUUCAAGAGGGCCGAAAAGACCGUGCUCUAAACAUCGAACAGAUGGUAAACGAUCUCGAAUUCGCCCAAAUUCAACAACAAGUCGUCAAUUGUUUGAGUGACGGAAAUGAAGCACUCAAAAAUAUGAACAAGCUCUUCGACGUCGAAGAAAUCGAGAAGAUCAUGGAUGAGACAAAAGAAGCUGCCGAAUAUCAAGAGGAGAUUUCGAACAUGCUUUCCGGGAAACUCGAUCAAACGGAUUUGGCCGAUGUCGAGGAUGAAUUAAACGCUCUUCUAGCAAAAGAGGCCAAAAUCGAUGAAUUGCCAGAAGUCCCGACACAUGAUAUGCCUGAAAGGGAGCGAGAACGAGCAAAAGAAAAAAGACGAGAAAAAGUGGCUUUGGAGGCG